AUGAUUGCUAAUAUGUAUGUUAACGAUAAUUUGCUCAGUGCAGAGGUUCUGUUUAGGGCCCUCGAACGACCCGAAGAAGCAGUGAUGGUGCUUUACUGUGUUGCUUGCAAGAAACCGCCCAGCGAACGAAUCUCACAUUUGAAGAGAUGUGUAAAUGCUUGUUAUACGGAUGGAUCAUUGGAGAACCUUUCUGCAGUUCUGAACGAGUACAUUGAUCUUCUACAACGACAGAUGGUCAUUGAAGUGCCUUUUCAAAUUUUUCUUUUUUAUUUGAAAAUUUGUUCAUCAAAAACAGUGUAUCAAGCGGCCCGUUUCGAAGUGGUCAGCGGUCGGACUGGUCAUAUUGUGACUACUUAG